GACGAAACAAACAUGGCGGUUUUAGGCAGUACCUUGUAUUGGUACGACAAGUAUAACAACGACACCGGUAUGUACGCUUAUGACUUGGAAACUGGCAAAUCAUUCUCGGGGAAAAUUAGGGGAUUUAAGAAUCCAGCACGGAAGAUCAGAGUAGAUCCUUGUGAAAUGAGGACUUUCUUGUUUCAUUUGACUGGCAAAUGUUUUUGUUUGGUUUGGGGACAAGGGCCUACUGUACACUGCACCAAAUUUGUUGUGGAGAAAUCAUCCUAUUUGCCCAUUAAACGCAAAGCCUCUCUCUGCGCUUCGGUUCUCUCAUCUCAAGCUUAUGAUCUCGGUCCUAAUACAAAAUUUUUUGAUGUUGUGCUGAUGAAUAAAAGGUGUGAAUUACCUAGUUCAUCAGUGGUUGUGGAACUCAAAGAGCCAACUGAAUCUACUCUGAAGCUGGACCUCAUGGAUGUAAAUUGAUUGAUGAAGCUUUUGCAAGUUGAAAAGAUCUUGGAUUUGGUGAAUUAUAGAUAUGUUGAAAUUUUGAGUAAUGAGCGACAAGCUGAAGAAGUGAGCUUUUGGCACAUUAUGCAAGAAGAUUAUACUGGGAUAUGUUUAAGUGGGAUGUUUCUAAUAUAUGAAGGGUAUGUGUAUUAGGAUGAUAGAUGUUUUCAAGUCUUUAUUAAGAUAGCCUAAGUAUUGUCUAUGGACUUUUGGUAGUACAUAUAUACAUAUAUUAUAUAGAAGAAUAUUUUUAACGGUAUGAAUUUAAUGAAACUAGACUGAUUGGGAAGUGAAAAUUGAGGUU